AUCAUUCCAGUUUGGCAACUUCACCUGUAGUGCUGUUUUGAUCAAGCUGCCCACAGUCCCCCAAUCACUCCCGGAAUACAGCAGUGAGAGGCAGCAGCUUGCUACGUGGACAAGGAUGCUGGACAUGAGGGACCAAGGCCCGCCCUGCACUCGGGCCUCCUCCAGCCAGUGCUGACCGGGGACUUCUGACCUGCUGGCCAGCCAGGACCUGUGUGGAGAGGCCCUCCUGCUGUCUUGGAGUGACAAUCUCAGCUCCAGGCUACAGGGAGACUGGGAGGAUCACAGAGCCAGCAUGGAUCCUGACAGUGAUCAACCUCUGAACAGCCUCGGUAAGUUCAGAUGUCAGCCCCCUGCGCAAACCCCGUACCCCCAUGGAGACCUUCAGAAAGGUGGGGAUCCCCAUCAUCGUAGCACUACUGAGCCUGGCGAGUAUCAUCAUUGUGGUUGUCCUCAUCAAGGUGAUUCUGGAUAAAUACUACUUCCUCUGCGGGCAACCCCUCCACUUCAUCCCAAGGAAGCAGCUGUGUGAUGGGGAGCUGGACUGUCCCUUGGGAGAGGACGAGGAGCACUGUGUCAAGAGCUUCCCCGAAGGGCCUGCAGUGGCAGUCCGCCUCUCCAAGGACCGAUCCACCCUGCAGGUGCUGGACCCGGCCACAGGGAACUGGUUCUCUGCCUGUUUCGACAACUUCACAGAAGGUCUGGCCGAGACAGCCUGUAGGCAAAUGGGCUACAGCAGCAAACCCACUUUCAGAGCUGUGGAGAUUGGCCCAGACCAGGAUCUGGAUGUUGUUGAAAUCACAGAAAACAGCCAGGAGCUUCACGUGAGGAACUCAAGUGGGCCCUGUCUCUCAGGCUCCCUGGUCUCCCUGCACUGUCUUGCCUGUGGGGAGAGCCUGAAAACCCCCCGUGUGGUGGGCGGGGAGGAGGCCUCUGUGGAUUCUUGGCCUUGGCAGGUCAGCAUCCAGUACGACAAACAGCACGUCUGUGGAGGGAGCAUCCUGGACCCCCACUGGGUCCUCACAGCAGCCCAUUGCUUCAGGAAACAUACCAAUGUGUUCAACUGGAAGGUGCGGGCCGGCUCAGACAAACUGGGCAGUUUCCCAUCCCUGGCUGUGGCCAAGAUCAUCAUCAUUGAAUUCAACCCCAUGUACCCCAAAGACAAUGACAUCGCCCUCAUGAAGCUGCAGCUCCCACUCACUUUCUCAGGCACGGUCAGGCCCAUCUGCCUGCCCUUCUUUGAUGAGGAGCUUACUCCAGCCACCCCACUCUGGGUCGUUGGAUGGGGCUUUACAAAGCAAAAUGGAGGGAAGAUGUCUGACAUACUGCUGCAGGCGUCAGUCCAGGUCAUUGACAGCACACGGUGCAAUGCAGACGAUGCGUACCAGGGGGAAGUCACCGAGAAGAUGGUGUGUGCAGGCAUCCCGGAAGGGGGUGUGGACACCUGCCAGGGUGACAGUGGUGGGCCCCUGAUGUACCAAUCUGACCAGUGGCAGGUGGUGGGCAUCGUUAGCUGGGGCUAUGGCUGCGGAGGCCCAAGCACCCCAGGAGUGUACACCAAGGUCUCAGCCUAUCUUAACUGGAUCUACAAUGUCCGGAAGGCUGAGCUGUAAUGCUGCUGCCCCUUUGCAGUGCUGGGAGCUGCUUCCUUCCUGCCCUGCCCACCUGGGGAUCCCCCAAAGUCAGACACAGAGCAAGAGCCCCCUUGGGUACACCCCUCUGCCCACAACCUCAGCAUUUCUUGGAACAGCAAAGGGCCUCAAUUCCUGUAAGAGACCCUCACAGCCCAGAGGCGCCCAGAGGAAGUCAGCAGCCCUAGCUCAGCCACACUUGGUGCUCCCAGCAUCCCAGGGAGAGAUGCAGCCCACUGAACAAGCCAGCCUGCAGGCCAGGGUCUCAGGGGUAUUGCUAAGCCGAGAAGGAACUUUCCCACACUACUGAAUGGAAGCAGGUUGUCUUGUGAAAGCCCAGAUCACUGUGGGCUGGAGAGGAGGAGGAAAGGGUCUGUGCCAGCCCUGUCCGUCUUCACCCAUCCCCAAGCCUACUGGAGCAAGAAACCAGUUGUACUAUAAAAUGCACUGCCCUACUGUUGGUGUGAUUACUGUUAUCUACUGUUGUUAUUGUUAUUACAGCUAUGGCCACUAUUAUUAAAGAGCUAUGUGACAUCUCUGGCAUAGGCUAGCUGGAAUGCUUGAUAAGAACUGA